CGCCCGCCUGGGUUCGCCCCGGCGCCACCUGUGAUGCUGACGCUGGAGAAGCGGACGGGAGACGGCGAUGCGCGCACCGGACGCGCCUUGAGCCGACGGAGACGCCGGGCGCCUGCCGGAGGAGGUGGAGGAGGUCCUUGUAUAAAGAACGAGCUCUCGAGCAGACACCCAGCCGGGGGGAGCUGAAUCCUCUGACAGUGUGGCAUUCAGAUUGGCAGAAGCAGGCUGACUUUCUGUGCGGACGUUGGCCCCGUUGCCGAAAUCGCCAUGAGCAGCACCCUCUCCCCUACCGACUACGACAGCCUGGAGAUCCAGCAGCAGUACAAUGACAUCAACAACCGCUGGGAAGUGGCCGACGAAGACUGGGACAAUGAGAACAGCUCGGCCCGGCUUUUCGAGCGCUCUCGCAUCAAGGCGCUGGCAGAGCCUGAUUUCGGUCCUUCUCCCCCUCCUGAGCUCUCCCCGGCUGCAUUUAUCAACGCAGUCCAGUACGCCAACGUGUUGGAGGGCAGGUUCAAGCAGCUUCAAGAUGAACGAGAGGCCGUGCAGAAGAAAACCUUCACCAAAUGGGUCAACUCUCACCUGGCUCGGGUCACGUGCCGGAUCAGUGAUUUGUACAGCGACUUGCGAGAUGGGCGGAUGUUGCUGCGCCUGCUGGAGGUGCUCUCAGGGGAGCAAUUGCCGAAGCCGACCAAGGGCCGGAUGCGUAUACACUGCCUGGAGAACGUGGACAAGGCCCUCCAGUUCUUAAAGGAGCAGCGUGUCCACCUGGAGAAUAUGGGCUCACACGAUAUUGUUGACGGCAACCACCGAUUGACCCUGGGCCUCAUAUGGACCAUCAUUCUCCGCUUCCAGAUCCAGGAUAUCAGUGUGGAGACAGAGGAUAACAAGGAGAAGAAAUCCGCCAAGGAUGCCUUGCUACUUUGGUGUCAGAUGAAAACAGCUGGGUACCCAAAUGUGAACGUCCACAACUUCACCACCAGCUGGAGGGAUGGCCUGGCUUUCAACGCAAUUGUCCACAAACACAGGCCAGACCUGAUAGACAUCGACACCUUGAAGAAAUGCAACGCACACUACAACCUCCAGAAUGCCUUCAACAUUGCCGAAAAGGAACUGGGCCUCACCAAGCUUUUAGAUCCCGAAGAUGUGAACGUGGACCAGCCUGAUGAGAAGUCCAUCAUCACCUAUGUGGCCACUUACUACCACUACUUCUCCAAGAUGAAAGCCUUAGCCGUGGAAGGGAAACGGAUUGGGAAGGUCUUGGACCAUGCCAUCGAGGCCGACAAGCUGAUAGAGAAGUACGAGACGCUGGCUUCUGACCUUCUGCAAUGGAUUGAGCAGACCAUCUUGACAUUGAACGACCGGAAGCUGGCCAACUGUCUGAGUGGAGUGCAGAACCAGCUGCAGGCCUUCAACACCUACCGCACUGUGGAGAAACCCCCCAAGUUUACAGAGAAAGGGAAUCUUGAAGUUCUGCUUUUCACCAUCCAGAGCAAGAUGAGAGCCAAUAACCAAAAGGUUUACACGCCACGAGAGGGGAGGCUCAUCUCUGACAUCAACAAGGGCUGGGAGCGGCUGGAGAAAGCGGAGCAUGAGAGAGAGCUGGCGCUGCGCAAUGAGCUGAUUCGGCAGGAGAAGCUGGAGCAGCUGGCAGCACGCUUCGACCGCAAGGCAGCCAUGCGUGAGACCUGGCUGAGUGAGAACCAGCGCCUCGUCUCCCAGGAUAACUUUGGCUUGGACAUUUCGGCGGUGGAGGCCGCGGUGCGGAAACACGAAGCCAUCGAGACGGACAUCGUGGCGUACAGUGAGCGCGUGGCAGCUGUGAACGCGGUGGCAGCCGAGCUGGAGGCGGAGGGCUACCACGACAUCAAGCGGGUGUUGGCGCGCAAGAACAACGUGGCGAGGCUUUGGGACUACUUGCGCGAGCUGGUGGCUGCCCGCCGGGAGCGCCUGAUGCUCCAUUUCGAGCUGCAGAAGAUGUUCCAGGACUUGGCCUACCUCAUGGAUUGGCUGGAAGAGAUGAAGGGCCGCCUUCAGUCUCAGGACUUUGGGAAACACCUGCAUGGCGUGGAGGACCUGCUGCAGAUCCACGCCCUGGUGGAGGCCGACAUCUCCGUCCAGGCCGAACGGGUGAAAGCCAUCAGUGCCGCUGCCCAGCGCUUUGCCACCCCUGGGGAAGCUUACAAGCCCUGUGACCCCCACCUUGUCCAAGAGCGCGUGGCAACGCUGGACCGGUGCUAUCGGGAGCUGGUGGCGUUGGCAGCGCAAAGGCGUGCCAAACUGGAAGAGUCUCGCCGCCUUUGGAAGUUCUUCUGGGACAUGGGCGAGGAGGAGGCCUGGAUCCGGGAGCAGAGCCAGAUCCUGUCGUCAGGCGACUUCGGCAAGGACCUGACGAGUGCGCUGCGCCUGACCAGCAAGCAUAACGCCUUCCGCGACGAGAUGAGCGGCCGUGCUGGCCCGCUGCAGCAGAGCAUAGCCGAAGGCCGCCAGCUGGUUGCCGAGGGCCACUUUGGGGCUGCCGAGGUGGCCGAACGGAUCCGGGAAAUCGAGGAGCAAUGGGAUCAGCUGGAGGCGCUGUCCCGAGAGCGGGAGCAGCGCCUUCUCCAGGCCUCCAAUCUCUACCAGUUCCAGGCGGACGCCAAUGACAUGGAGGCCUGGUUGCUGGAUGCACUCCGCUUGGUGUCCAGCUCCGAGGUGGGCCAUGACGAGUACUCCACGCAGAGCCUGGUGAAGAAGCACAAGGAUGUGGAGGAGGAGAUCCACAACCACCGCCCUGCCCUCGACGCCCUCCAUGAGCAGGCCCGGAGCCUGCCCCCUGCCUUUGCCCAUGCCCCCGAGGUGGAUGGGCGGCUCCCUGCGCUGGAGCAGCGCUAUGAGGAACUGGUUGCUCUCUCCGAGCAUCGCAAGCAAGCCCUGCAGGAUGCUCUCAACCUUUACAAGAUGUUCAGCGAGGCAGAUGCGUGCGGGCUCUGGAUUGGCGAGAGGGAGUACUGGAUUGAAACGAUGGAUGUCCCUGAGAAGUUGGAAGACCUUGAAGUGGUUCAGCAAAGGUUUGAGACUCUGGAGCCAGAGAUGAAUAAUCUGGCCUCCCGCAUUGCAGCGGUGAAUGAGAUUGCGAGCCGGCUUCUGGGAACUGACCACAGGAACAAGGACAGCAUCCAGGCCACUCAGGAACAGCUCAAUGCCAGGUGGCAGCAGUUCCAAGCCUUGGCCAGCCGCAAGAAGGAUGCAUUGACCUCGGCACUCAGCAUCCAGAAUUACUACUUGGAGUGCAAUGAGACCAAGGCUUGGAUGCGGGAGAAAACCAAAGUGAUCGAGUCCACCCAAGGCUUGGGCAACGACCUGGCAGGGGUCAUGGCCCUGCAGCGCAAGCUGGCGGGCAUGGAGCGGGACCUGGAGGCCAUCCAGGGCAAAGUGCGGGACUUGCGGGAGGAGGCCACCCGCCUGGCGGACCAGCACCCGGAGCAGGCUCCUGCCAUUUUGGACCGCUUGUCCGAAGUCGACGGGACCUGGGAUGAGCUACGGGGGACCAUGCGCCGACGCGAGGAGUCCUUGGGAGAAGCCAGCAAGCUUCAGGGCUUCUUGCGGGACUUGGACGACUUCCAGGCGUGGCUUUUGCGCACCCAGACGGCCAUCGCUUCGGAAGACGUGCCAGCCACCCUGCCGGAGGCAGAGCGCUUGCUGAACCAGCAUGAGACCAUCCGGAACGAGGUGGAGCACUACAGGGGCGACUACCGGCGCUUGCGGGCCAUGGGGGAGGAGGUGACGCAAGGCCACACCGAUGCCCAGCACAUGUUCCUGCAGCAGCGCCUUCAAGCCCUCGACACUGGCUGGAAUGAGCUGGACCAGAUGUGGGAGAACCGGCACCAGCUGCUCUCCCAAGCCUACAGCUUCCAAAUCUUCCUGAGGGACACCAAGCAGGUGGAAGGGGUGCUCAGCAACCAGGAAUAUGUGCUGACUCACACAAGCAUGCCCAGCUCCCUCCAAGCCGCUGAGGCUGCCAUUAAAAAACAUGAGGAUUUCAUGACCACCAUGGAGGCCAACGGGGAGAAGAUCAAGGGGCUGGUGGACUCUGGCCGGAAGCUUAUCAUGGAGAAUGGGCUCCACUCUGACAAGAUCCAGGAGAAGGUCAAUUCCAUUGACAGCAGGCAUAGGAAAAACCAGCAGGCAGCUCAGGACCUUCUGGCUCGCCUCCGUGACAAUCGGGAACUGCAGCAUUUUCUACAAGACUGUCAAGAGCUCACCUUGUGGAUCAAUGAGAAGAUGCUGUCAGCUCAGGACAUGUCGUAUGAUGAAGCCCGGAACCUCCACACCAAGUGGCAGAAGCACCAGGCCUUCAUGGCCGAGCUGGCUUCCAACAAGGGCUGGCUGGAGAAGAUCCAGAAGGAGGGAGAGCAGCUGGUGGCCGAGAAGCCAGAGCUGGAGCCCGUGGUGAGGGCCAAGCUGGACAGCCUGCAGAAGCUCUGGGAGGAGCUGGAAUCCAGCACCCAGAGCAAAGCUCAGUGCCUCUUCGACGCCAACCGAGCCGAGCUCUUCACUCAGAGCUGUUCCGCCAUGGAGGCCUGGCUGAGCGGCCUUCAGGCCCAGCUGCACUCUGAUGACUACGGAAAGGACUUAACCAGCGUCAACAUUUUGCUCAAGAAACAGCAGAUGCUGGAAAACCAGAUGGACGUGCGGGAGAAGGAGGUGGAGGGCCUCAAAGCCCAAGCACUGGCCCUCAGCCCAGAGGACUCCAACACCGUGGAGGUGGACGGCAAACUGCAGGCAGUGGAAGACAGGUUUGCAGAGCUGCGGGCACCACUCAGGGAGCGCUGCGAGAAGCUGCUGGCCUCCAAGGAGGAGCACCAGUUCAACCGCGACCUGGAGGAUGAAAUUUUGUGGGUGAAGGAGCGGAUGCCCAUGGCAGUCUCCACUGACCAUGGUAAAGAUCUGCCCACUGUCCAACUACUGAUCAAGAAAAAUCAGACCCUGCAGAAGGAGAUCCAGGGCCACCAGCCACGAAUCAAUGACAUCCUGGGGAGAUGGCAGGGGCUGGCAUGCAGCGGCCUGGAAGCGGAGCUGCAGGGGCGCGUGGAGGCUUUGCAGGAGAUGUGGCAGGAGCUGCAGAGCCAAGUGGAGCAGCGGCACGGGCGCCUGGAGCAAGCACAGAUGGCCCAACAGUUCUACUUCGAUGUUGCGGAGGCCGAGGCCUGGAUGGGCGAACAAGAGCUGCACAUGAUAUUGGAGGAGAAGGCCAAGGAUGAACUGAUUGCUCAGGCCAUGGUGAAAAAACAUCUGGUGAUGGAACAGGCUCUAGAAGACUAUGCCCAGACCAUCCACCAGCUCUCCAUCCAGAGCCGCGAUAUGGUAAACAAUGGGCAUCCUGAGAGUGAACGGAUCAAUCUCCGGCAGGGCCAAGUGGACAAGCUCUAUGCCAGCCUGAAGGACUUGGCUGAGGAGCGCCGGGCCAAGCUGCAGGAACAGCUCCGCCUCUGCCAGCUGAAGAGGGAAGUGGACGAUCUCGAGCAGUGGAUCUCAGAGCGGGAGGUGGUGGCUGCUUCUCAUGAGCUUGGACAGGACUACGAACAUGUCACGAUGCUGCGGGACAAGUUCCGGGAAUUCUCACGUGACACCAGCACUAUCGGUCAGGAGCGGGUGGACGCCGUCAACCGGCUGGCGGACGAGAUGAUCUCUGCCGGUCACUCUGAAAAUGCUACCAUCGCCGAGUGGAAGGACAGCCUGAAUGAGGCCUGGGCAGACCUCCUAGAACUCAUCGACACCCGGAGCCAGAUGCUGGCAGCGUCCUAUGAGCUGCACCGUUUCUACCACGAUGCCCGUGAGACCCUCAGCCAGGUCCAGAACAAGCAGAAGCAGCUGCCCGAUGAAGUGGGCCGGGACCUCAACACAGCGGAGGCCAUGCAGCGGAUGCACAGCGCAUACGAGCACGACAUCCAGGCGCUCAGUACCCAGGUGAAGCAGGUGCAGGACGAUGCGGCGCGGCUGCAGAAGGCUUAUGCCGGCGAGAAGGCAGACGACAUCCGGAGGCAUGAGCAGUCUGUUAGUGAGGCCUGGUCUGACCUGCUCAGCAGCAGCAGUGGCCGCCGGCACCUCCUCCUUGACACUGUUGACAAGUUCCGCUUCUUCCGCAUGGUGCGUGACCUCCUGCUGUGGAUGGAUGAUGUCAACCUCCAGAUAGAUGCCCAGGAGAAGCCCAGGGACGUCUCGGCAGCAGACUUAGUCAUUAAGAACCACCAAGGGAUCAAGGCUGAAGUUGAGGCCCGGACAGACAGCUUCAACGCCUGCAUCGCCAUUGGCAACGAGUUGUUGGCCAAAGGACACUAUGCCUCUGACAAGAUUGCAGAGAAGUUGACCCAGCUGCAGGACCGACGCAAGGAGAUCAAUGACAAAUGGCGGGAGAAAAUGGACUGGUUACAAAUUGUCAUGGAGGUGCUGAUGUUUGGGCGGGAUGCUAGCAUGGCGGAGGCCUGGCUCUCCAGCCAAGAGCCGAUUGUGCGUUCUGCAGAGCUGGGUGGCAACGUGGACGAAGUGGAGAACCUCAUCAAGCGCCACGAGGGCUUCCAGAAAUCAGUUGCUGCCUGGGAGGAGCGCUUCCUGGCACUGGAGAAGCUCACAACGCUGGAAGAGAAUGAACGUCGCCGACGUGAGCAGGAGGAAGCGAGGAAAAAGAGGCCCCUGACUCCGCCUCUGCCAGAACCCACAGCCACAAUGCAACAGAACCAGCAUCUGGAAAUGCCACAUGCUCCCGGUGCCGGCCAUGACGCCCGGAGCCCUGGAGAGCGAGGCUUGUCGCUGGAGUUACCAUCUCUGAAUGGGAUUGACCCCGAUUCCGAGUCUCCACAGAUUUCAGAGACAUCUGGUACGGUAAACGGGUCACGAAUGGAUUCCUUGUCCAAGGGGAAGGAGCCCAGCCCAACCCCAUCACCUCAUCUCCAUUCCAAACCACCUGCCUACAGCGAUCCCACUCAGUUGGCCACACUGGCCCCGCGCACGCCAGACCCCUCGGCCUCAGAGCAGAUGGAAGGGAUGUUGUGUCGGAAGCAGGAAAUGGAGUCACACGGCAAAAAGGCAGCCAACAGGUCCUGGCAGAACAUCUACUGCAUUGUCCGGAAGGGCAGCCUGGGCUUCUACAAGGACAGCAAGAGUGCCAGUCACGGCAUCCCUUACCAUGGCGAAGUGCCCAUCAGCUUGCAAGGGGUGCAGUGCAACGUUGCUCUGGACUACAAGAAGCGCAAGCAUGUAUUUAAGCUUGGGUUAGCGGACGGCAAAGAAUUUUUAUUCCAGGCCAAGGAUGAGGCUGAGAUGAGCAGCUGGAUGAGAGUCAUCAACGCUGCAGCUGCCUCUGCCGCAACGCCACAAGGCCCUGCAGAGGACCAGCCGCCGCUCAUCAGCAAAGGAAUGACCCGGGCCUUGACCAUGCCUCCCGUCUCGCCUAACAGCGCCCAGGAAGGGACCGUCACUCUGCGUAGCAAAGAGUCCAAGGAAAAAGACCGCGAGAAACGCUUUAGCUUUUUCAAGAAGAACAAAUAAGGGGCCACACCCGGAGAAGUGGGGCAGGGUGGGGGCUGCAGCUGCCGAAUCUGUACAGAACUGAUCAUCAGAGCGGGCAUGGCGGGGGGCUUUGGACUGGGGGGGGAGGGAGGGAGGGGCCGGGGCAUGACACAGCUGAUGGAGACCACAGUUGUUUUUCUUUUUUUAGUACUGCAGAUUGCAUGAAGCAUCUUCAAACUUUACGAGGAAUGCCUCUCCUCCUGACUCCCCGCCCUCCAACAAAAGAAAAAAAAACUAAACAAGCCAUGCUGCCUCUAUCGAAUCACAUUUGCAGAAGCCCCUGGCAGAGAUGCUGCAUUGGAGGGUGGGGGGCAGGCUGCCUUGAGGUGGGAGGGAAGGGGGGGUUGUUGAACUCUGGGUGUGAUGGGUGCACAUCUGGGUCAUCGAGUGAUGGGUGCUGCGCAGGUCAUGGGGAGAGGGAGGAGGACGGCCCACUACUUCCAUUCAAUAGGAGCAGCGGGAUCCUGACCUUUCUGUCUGGGAUUGCAACGGCAUGGGCUCUGUGCGAAAGUUUUCCGUUUCCAGGUGCCAUCAAAACUUUGUCGGAGGUGAAAUGGACUGUUCAGGGUUUUGUCGUUGAGAAUAUUCUCCUAUGAUCUCAUCCCUAGCCAGGAAAUGCUCCCACUGCCUGAGGAGCCCCACCACCCCACCCCCAUUUUCCUCCCUGUGAUACCUGAUAUGCUCCAUCACAUUUUUGCAGCCUCCUGAAAUGGGCCCUGUCCUGAAGCCGGACAGCAAGGAACAAGAUUGGGUUGGUUUUGAAGAAAAGCCUCUUUUCUCAGUGCACUGCUGGACCCAACCCUUGCUCUCUUGUCUUUCCCCUCCAAAUUUAUUUUUUUUAGCUAAAUCAUGUCCCCAGCAGCUGUCUAUAAACAGUAGCUAAGCGACCUUCUCAAUGGGUAAGGAAGUGAGUUCCCCUUUAAUUAAGGACCCCGGUACUCUGCUUUCAUCAGGGAUGGGUAGAAGUUAGAUUGGAAUCUUGUUAGUAGAUCUCUGGCUGUUUUGUGGUAGAUCGGCAAGAGGUUUUGACUCCUAAUGACAAUAGCAACAACUGCCUCCUGCCUCAAAUCAGAUUGCUUUGGGAGGGAGUUAGCAGGAGUGGAUUUUUGUAUGAAAGGAUUUGUGAUCUUGAUACUGGAUACUGAUCACUACUUCCUGGACUCAGCACAUGCUCAGAGGGCACACUUUCAUCCUUAAUUCUUAUUAAGUCCUCAGUACAUUUGCUCAGUUGAGUUCCUGUUGUUGCACCUGGCUCCAGGUGGUAGAUCUCAGGGUUGUAGUGGGGGGGGGGAAACAAAGUAGAUCCCUCAGGCCUACACUCUGCCCAGGCCUGGAUUAGGGUUACGCUACCUAAGCAGGGAGAGGGUGUUUAAAUGGAGGCAUUGUGGGUGAGCGAGGUAGGGGACUAAGCCCCCCCCCACCUACAUCUAGUCUUUGAAACUGCCUCCUCCACUGUGAUUCUUACACUUUCGCAGGCCUCCAGACUGGGAGCAGACCCGGGAUAAACAGGUGGUUACAGGAGAGGGGCAAAAGUCUUGCAUGAGACAAGUUUAGCCGCCUUCUGUCUACCAAGGCCAGUUCCAGGUUUUUGGGGAGCGGGGGCUGGCAAAGUACCCCUCUGGACCCAGGCUUAUUGGCCAGCUGGUUCUUGAAAACCAGCAGCCACUUUUAUUUUCCCACAAUACCCUUGGUGCCCCUGGAGCAUUGUGGGAAAUUUUAAAAUGGCAGGCAUCUUCCUAGACACCACCAGAGAAGCCAAUGGUUUGCGGGGGGCUAAACCAUAUGUUGGCACCACUUGGGCCAAAGCAGGCAUUGCUGCUGGUAGAUAGGCCAUCUGCAAGAGGCACCCAUCACUUCCACUUUAGAUCAUAUCCCCUUCUGUCAUUCACUCUCACUUUCUCUCUCUCUCUCUCUCACACACAUGCUUUGCUGGCUGGGACUGAUGGAAGUGGUAGUGCAGAACACCUGGAGCUCACCAGGAUUGGAAAGACUUGUUCUACAGCAGUGGGGCAGAGCUGCAUCCCAAGAGACACCUCCUGCCAAUCACAAUUAUCUAUGGCUCUGGUAAUCCAUGCCACUGUUAUAAAGAUCAUUCACACA